AUGUCCUCCGCACGAAACCGUCGCUCUUCGAAACGACUUAAGCGCCGAGGGGUGGAGACUCAAUUCUCAUUAUGUUAUCAUUAUACGUUUGUUCCUGUUGGCGACAUUAGACGUCCGUAUAACCGGAUGAGUUCUGUACAUGAAGGUGUUUCUUGUGACGGUUGUAUGGCACCAAAUUUUGCCGGAGAUCGUUACAAAUGUCUUCGAUGUUAUGAUUUUGAUUUAUGUUCUCGGUGCUACAUGGAAGAGAGAACAACGGAAGUAUCAUCCGAAAAUCGUCCUUUUCGUGAAACCAACGAAGAGCAUUCUCCAUCUCAUCCAAUGCAAUGUAUUAUGACACAACAGGACUUCGAAUUGGCAUACCACGGCGACCAAACACACAGCUGGGAUCGUUUACGAGUUGUAAUUUUUACUUGUCCAGUUUGCGGUGUUAAUGGUUUUUCACGUGAACGACUGGUUUCACAUGUCAUCGAUGAACAUUCGACUUCAUCACGAUCUCCUUCACAACGGAGCGAAAUGGCAUGUCCAAUUUGUAUUUCUACCGAUUUUUAUCGCAUUGGUUUUGGUGAUUAUAUGCCUAAUCAUCUUACCGAUAUGGUAUCACAUAUGCAGGAACACCAUAUGCAGGCACAGUAUGUGAAUGUCUCUAAUAAUAGCAAUAAUGGAAUAGCUGAUACUGCAAAUGUAUUAUCUGAAUUUCUGCGCGAUCGCGAUCUGAGGCGUGUAAUUGUACAUAACGUGCCUUUGGUCAGCAAUGAUUCCGAUGUCGAAGAAUCGGCCACAGAUGGGACUCGCCGUAAUACUAGCAGCCAACAAGAUGGGCCGCUAAGAAUUGAGACGGUUUCACGCAUUCGUCGUAGGCCCAUUGAUAGCAGUACAGCAGAGAUAAAUCAGUCCCGAGAAACUACUGAUUCUAUACAAACAGCAGGAAGUUUUUCGCCGAGGCGUGUAAGUGGCCAACCAUCUACAGGAUUUUCAUCUGGCCACUCGACUGCACAACCUCCUGCAGGUUUAUCGUCGGGCUUCUCCAGUCGUUCAAGUAUGCAGUCUGCCAGCUUUUCCUCCGUUCGUAUCUCUGCUUCAAGAUCUUUGCAAUCAGCUCGUUUAUCGAGGGAUUCUACUGGUCUCGGACACGCUGGAAACAACUCUUUGCCCGCUAAUUCCAUUGUAGAAACUUCACCAUCACCAUAUGAACCUCACUCAGAACUUAGUGAUAGCAGUUCACCGAUUCGGACCUUCCAAUAUCCUAUUACUGCGUACUCACGUCCAACCGUUCCAAAUCAUGGUGUGCAACGUAAUCAAAGAAUCUCUGGUGAAAAUAGUAGUCGAACAGUGGGUUAUGCUAGGCGUUUCCCGGUGCGUGAACGAGAUCAAUCGAGAAAUGAAGCAUUAUUUGCUGCUCCUCCAGGUUUUAGAAGGCUGGAAAGUAUCGAAGUUCCAAAUGCAACUGAAGCCACUCCGGCUAGAGUCGCUGCAUGUUCUACUAGGAACUAUAACGCUGAUGCAUCAAGUUUAUCAAAUUCUGAUGCAGUAGAUGCAGCAGCUUUUAGUACUGAUGCGUAUGCUGUGGUAGAUGUAAGCUGUGGUGAGUAUGCUACACAGAAUAGCUCUCAAGAAGCUUUAGUGGAAAGUAUUGAAGAGCUGGAAAGACAAAUGGAACGAAGCAACAACACUGAAUCCAAAAAGUCGCUUAAGUACUGCACUUUGUUUACAGCACUGGCUAAACCAUCAUGUUUACCGGUGUUAAAAAUUGAAAGGGUCAGACCAACAAACGACGAUGAAACGAAGCAAUCAGAUGUAUUGAGUUUUGAUGAUGACGAUUGCCAGACCGAUGAUGAAAUUCCACCGCCUAAUUUAGUUAUGAGGAUUGGUCGGUCUUUACGAUGCACUUACAGACAGCGCAACCAAAAUAUCAAAGCAAAGCAGCAAUCUUAUGACGUGGCAAGUGAAUGCAGUGAUUGGUGGUCUUCGCGGUUUAGUGAAUAUCUACGUACGGAAUCAGCGACACGUGUGAAUCGAGCAAAUGUUGAUGUUACACAUGAGACGAUGGAUACUUCGCUCAUAACACCCGAUCGAUCGAUGGUUUCACGUGGUGAAGUUGCUUUAAACCGUGCAAUAGAUGCCUUACGGAGACUGGACUCACGUAAUAUUCACAGCAGUCGACUACCUGUUGCUCAUGACGUUAUCACACAAACCAACAGUCCUGUUUAUUUGAAUGGAAACAUUAUUCCUCCACCAGGAAUGGGUUCGCACAAUGGUCAGGUUCUUCUGAGUGCACUUGGCAAUACCCUUUUUCUGGGCUCUGAUUCUGUGGCCGAUGCGGUUGCACGCGAAGUUGCUGCUUUCAGUGAAGCGUCUGGUUUGAAUAUUAGGCAGCUACAGGGUUUGAUCCGUCGAGAGGAACACGUGACUCCAAAUCCCCAAAUACCUUCAAAUUCGCAUGCGAACAGUCGCUCAUCUAGUGGACGACUGAGUAGUAUUCCUGCACCCACUAUAUUGAGCGAGACGAGAACACGGAAAUCAGUGAAAAUGCAAGUGAAAGGGAAUGAACAGCAUGAUGGUGAUUACAGUGAUUUCAUCAGCGAAGCUUUCAAGACUCCAGAAAUCGAUUCAUUACUGGAUGUUAAAUACGUCGUAAAAAAGCGCUACUACAAACCAUAUGAUCUGAAAACGGACGAACAGAAAGAAUCGGUACUUAUUCCCUGGCUAGAAAAACAAGAUGCGUUGGACCUUUCAGUAGAUAUGUCUGAUACACAACUUGAUAGCGAAAUAAUUAAGCUCCUUAAACAAAUUCCAGAAUUUGUAGAUGACGACGGAUCUAGCGAAAUACUUGCAAGAAAAUUUAGUUUCACUUUAGAAUUGAUUAUUGGCGGGAAAGUUGCAAAAGAUGAAUACUGUACUGAAAUUGGAUCAGGCAACGAAGAGACAAUGUUUGAUUCGGGAAAAGGAUCUGAUGAAGAACUGUUAAUUAAGAAAUGUGAAAGUGCGGGCCUGAAACGUCCACAAGCACCAUUCACUGUCACGGGUAUAUUUGGUAUCAAUUCAAAUGAGCGAAACGAAUUUGAAGCGGAUUACUGGAAGGAUUAUCGAUUUCUUCGCAAUCGUAGGGGUGCUUUUGUUUUCAAAAAGAGUAGUGAUGUACCACCGGAGUGUAUGCUCGCACCCACGGAUCACCGUUUGGUGAAGCAGCUGGUAUUCGGGAAGCUAGAUAUUCCAAUAUCACUUUAUAGCAGGGUACAUUAUCUUCCAGAAAUUUUCAUGCGUAUUAUACGUACCAACCUUUGCGUCUUUUAUUUGUCACAAGAAACAAAGGAAUUUCUGGAAGAAAAUAUGGAAGAGGUUGUUCCAUCGUUGAAGAACGAAAAAAAUAUGCAUUGGGAUACGCUGACUGUUAAAGCUAAAUACGACGGUAUGAAGACACCACUCGAAAUCCCUCCUGAAUUAUGGUAUUUCCUUGAUCUGGCUAGUUUCUUUGAUCCAAAUAUAAUGUCCCUUAAUGAGAAAAACAAGUGA